UACCUCCCGCUCUAACCUCUACAUUAAAUCUUCUAGAAAACAUCGCACAGCAGUGACAGCACAUGCGCAGUUGCCUAUAUAAACCACCCCAAGCUGUACACAGCUCCGCAGCAGAAGUUACAGUAGCAACUUGUUGGCCAUGGGUAGCUUGCCACUCGACGCGUCGUCACUGCGGCCACUAGACCCGGAGGCCUUCUCCGGUGAGUCACGCGCCGUCGUGAACUUUCUCGCCGAGUACUACCGUGACGUCGACAAGUACCCGGUCCGGGCAGCUGAGCUCGAGCCGGGCCUGCUACGCAAAGUGCUCCCCGAGGCGGCGCCAGAGAACGGCGCGCCGUUGGAGGAUGUGCUGGAGGAUGUGCGGCGGGAAAUCCUGCCGGGGCUCACCCACUGGCAGAGCCCCAGCUUCUUCGCCUACUUCCCCAUGAACGCCAGCACGGCCGGGUUUGCCGGCGAGAUGCUGUCCGCUGGCCUCAACGUCGUCCCAUUCGUGUGGGCAGCGUCGCCGGCUGCCGCGGAGCUCGAGUGCGUCGUGGUGGACUGGAUGGGUAAGCUGCUUGGUCUGCCGCAGAGCUUGCUCUUCUCGGGUGGUGGCGGCGGCGUCCUGCAGGGAAGCACGUGUGAGGCCGUGGUGUGCACGCUCGCCGCCGCGCGGGACCGUGCUCUGGCCAGGCUGGGGCACGAGAACAUCAUGAGGCUGGUGGUCUACGCCUCCGACCAGACGCACGUCACCUUCCAGAAGGGCGCGCGGCUCGUCGGCAUCCCGCCGUCCAACUUCCGCGUGAUCCAGACGUCGGCGGCGUCCGGGUACGGCCUGACCGCCGACGCCGUCCGCGCCGCGGUCGAUCGCGACGUCGCAAGAGGCCUGGUGCCUCUGUACCUCUGCGCCACGGUGGGCACGACGGGGCUCGGCGCGGUGGACCCCGUGCGCGAGCUCGGGGAGGAAGCGCGGCGGCGCGGCAUGUGGCUGCACGUCGACGCCGCGUACGCUGGCAGCGCAGCAAUCUGCCCGGAGUUCCAGGACCAUCUCGACGGAGUCGAGCUCGCCGACUCGGUGAGCAUGAACCCGCACAAGUGGUUUCUCACCAACAUGGACUGCUGCUGCCUGUGGGUCGCAAGCCCCCGUGCCCUAACCUCCGCGCUGUCUACCGACCCGGAGUACCUCAGGAACGUGGGCACAGGUGGUGGCGGCACGGAGGAGCCGGCCGCCGUAGACUACAAGGACUGGCAGAUCCCUCUGUCUCACCGGUUCCGCGCCAUCAAGCUCUGGGUGGUGCUGCGGCGCUAUGGUGCCGUCGGCCUGCGGGCGCACAUUCGUCAACACGUCACGGCAGCCAAAUGGUUCGAGCGUGCGGUGACGGUGGAUGAACGCUUCGAGGUCGUGGUGCCGAGGAAGUUCUCGCUGGUAUGCUUCCGCCUCUGGGCGAGGUUCCCGGAGGACGACGCCGUGGACGACUUGAACAGGGAGCUCCUAGCGGCGGUGAACGAGAGCGGACAGGCGUUCAUGACGCACUUCGUGGUGGACGGCAAGUUCGUGAUCCGGCUCGCGGUCGGCGGAGCCAUGACAGAGAUGAAGCACGUCAUGGACGUGUGGGAGCUGCUGCAGGGCAAGGCCGAGGAGGUUCUACGGCGUCAUCAAAUUUAGACGGCUCUCAUGCAUGGUACACAGAUCGAUGCGCGCAACAGCCUGAUUGCUCGUCCAUGCAGACAUUAUAUUAUUACUCCCCUCGUGUAUUGUAACGAGCAACUGAACUGUAACCUAGUUUCAGAUGAGCAACUCAACUGUACUCCUUCCAUACUCAAAAUGAAUGUCGUUUUGGACAAGGUUUGAGUCAAACAUUGGGAAUAUAAAUCAUGAAUAACUUUCAA